AUGGCGUGGAAGCGGACGCCCAUGGCAUCGGAGAUCCUGCUGAACGCCACGAUCGGAAUCAUGAAGGGUUGCCCUGUUCCCCUCGAUUUCAACGAGUCGCUAUUGGUGUUCACGCCGAAGGGCUCGGAGCCCGAGGAUAGCCAGACCGUGUCCAGGCUGGCCAAGGCGUACCACGCACAGAAGGGCUUCCUCCCGCAGCGGCGCUUCAUCGAGCGCGUGGCGAUGGUGGGCGCGCAGUCGCGCAUCGCGGCGAUGAAGCCGAGG